UGCCCGCUGGCAUUCCGCACUCGACGCGAGGGCGAAGCGCACGCCCGUAUUUUUAAGUAACGCGACCGACGCGCCGCGCGCCCGCGGCUAACCACCCGCCAUGUUUGACGUUUUCGGCUCUGUGAAGGGCCUUCUCAAGCUCGACUCGGUGUGCAUCGACAAUAAUGUGUUUCGCCUCCACUACAAAGCCACCGUGAUAAUACUUGUAACGUUCUCUCUUCUCGUUACUUCACGACAAUACAUCGGUGACCCGAUUGAUUGUAUCGUCGACGAUAUUCCGUAUGCCGUUAUGGACACAUAUUGCUGGAUCUACUCAACGUUUACUAUUCCAAACAGACUUGUUGGACGAGUUGGAAAAGAUAUAGUUCAACCAGGUGUUGCGUCUCACGUUGACGGACAAGAUGAAGUGAAAUAUCAUAAGUACUAUCAGUGGGUGUGCUUCGUGUUAUUCUUCCAGGCCAUUCUUUUUUACGUGCCGCGUUAUCUUUGGAAGACAUGGGAAGGUGGCCGCAUAAAAAUGUUAGUACUUGACUUAAAUUGCCCAGUUGUUGGAGAAGACUGUAAGAAAGACCGUAAGAAAUUACUUGUUGAUUAUUUCAAGACGAACUUACACACACAAAACUUCUACGCGUUCCGUUUCUUCAUCUGCGAAGUGCUGAACUUUAUCAAUGUAGUGGGUCAGAUAUAUUUUAUGGACUUUUUCUUGGAUGGAGAAUUCUCAACAUACGGUCGUGAUGUUGUACGUUUUACAGAAAUGGAGCCAGAAGAACGUGAAGAUCCAAUGGCAAGAGUUUUUCCUAAAGUUACAAAAUGCACAUUCCAUAAGUACGGUCCUUCAGGUACUGUUCAGAAAUUCGACGGCCUGUGUGUUUUGCCCUUGAAUAUUGUCAAUGAAAAGAUCUACGUUUUCCUGUGGUUUUGGUUUAUCAUCUUAUCCAUAUUGAGUGGCAUAUCGCUAGUGUAUCGAGCAGCUGUAGUGGCAGGCCCGCGUGUCCGUCUCUACCUGCUACGUGCCCGCAGUCGCCUAGCUCCUCAGGACCAGGUUGAGACCGUUGCACAACAGCUGCAGAUCGGUGAUUGGUUUGUGCUUUAUCAACUUGGGAAAAAUAUAGAUCCCCUCAUUUUCAAAGAGUUAAUGGAUGACUUAGCGAAGAAAUUUGAAAAAAACAAGGACACAGUGUAGAUCGAUUGUAGAUAAUGGACAAUGGCUGGUAGUGACGUGCUAGUGUGCUAGGGCUGGGUCGCGGGCGCAGUGCAACCGGCAACUCUGCACCGCGGCUACCUGCCCAUAGUCCGUACCGCGCCCGAGCACAAAGAGCGCCGGGAAUGCUUGCGCGUCGACAUUCCAAUACUAAAGCUCGACACGGGGAACGACCUCUGCCGAGCCAGUCAUUAUAUUCCAGAGCCGCUUUAAAACUCUUUAAGCUACUGAAAUAAUGUAAGAUUAUUCUUCAGGCUAGUUAGACUACGCGUGCCAAUGCACGUCUGCAUUUAGACUAACAUUUUAGGGCAUAUACAAAUGUAGCUUAGUUAGAUCUCGUGCCUUCCUUUUGUAUUUUGCGUAAGUUUGUUAUGUAUGACGGUUGAUGUUGAAGGGACGUUCCAUUGUGAUAUGUAAUUAUUAUUAUAUCUAAAUUAAGUGUUUAUCGUGAUGAUGGGUGAUCGAUUGAAAGAUGGCUGGCUUAGUUCUAAGUUGUACCUAGUUUUUAGUAUACUGAUGUAAUCUUGUUGUCGAAUGUUUAUACUCGGUACGAUAUUGUAUAAAGCAAUAAUAAGAAUUAGUAAAUCAAUUGUUUAUACUAUUGACAAUAUUGUAACAAUGAAAUUUAUACUUCUCUAUACAUAUAUACUUUUAUACUGACGAAGUCGAAUCGACUAGGGUUAAUAUUUUCUGAAUAUAUUUACUGCCACAUUA